UUUUUUUGACUUUUUUGAAAAGCAAAAAUCCAUAAACUCGCUAUUUACAGUUUUCCUGUCGGUUCUUCGUCCUUCCCCCACCUCCCACGUUCGUCCGCUUCUCUGUAACUCCUCCCACAACUGUCUAUCCCAUGUAUAUAAAUGGAGCAUCUAUCCUGAGAUGGAACAGACAUUUUCGCUCCGGUUCGAUUCCAGCACCGACUGCAUUGGGACGACCGAUCAUUGAACACCAGUUUGCACUCUACGCCGGUGACCUUCAGUCGGAGUGGAAAAGUCAGGAGAAUCGACGCAAAGUUCUUCCAUCACCAUUCAUCAAGGAGAUCGACGCAAAGCUACGAGAGGAAGCAGUUAUGAUGUUAGUUAUGAUGCUGAGGGCAAGAGGACCUGUGCAGAGACAAUGAUUAUGAAUGACUACGGAUGUGAAUAACCAAUAGGUUUCUUUAUCAACAUCUUCAUCUUCUUCUGGCUUCCAAGGAAUACUCAGAAAUGGAAGUACCAUGACAUAUGAUCAUAGUCACAUGGUUCGUUAAACUGGACACGAACUGCGAACUGGAUCGAUUCAAACUGGAUCACGGUACAAAAGUGUACCAAUCGCUGGUGGUUCGCGAUCUGGAUCGUGAUGGAAGGCGUACCCGAUUUUGUACUAAGAGUCGGUGGGUCGAUGUACCCGUUAUUUCUUGUUCGCAAUUUAAAUAGUCUGGGAACACGAACUCGCCAUCCCACCUUAGAUUCGUGGCUCGAUGUACCAUUAAUUAAUGACUUCAAUUCUCACCUUUCACAUUAUAUUAAUAGUUUGAC